GUUGGUUCCUUCUUCUCUUUACUUUUUUCAUUUCUAUUGAUCCAUAUAAGUUUAUCAUGACGAUUCCUGAUAUCCACGUGUCCAAGGAUUUGAGUUUGGUGAACCCGAACGAUCAAAGCAUUUCCCGUGAUUUGGCUGCUCAGUUUGCUGAACGUAUGGGACAAUUACAUAUGGACGAUCAGAUUCCUCCUCAUCAAAGCAAGGAUUGGGCUUUAUUGAAAGACCCUGUCAUUCACACCGAACGUUUGGACGCUAUUCGACAAAAGAAGGGUUAUAUCAUUGAUAUGGAUGGCGUGAUCUACCAUGGAAACAACCUUUUGCCUGGUGCAAAGGAAUUUGUCGAAUUCUUGAACAAGAACAACAAGAAAUACCUGUUCCUGACCAACAACUCGGCCCCCACUCCUCGUGAAUUGCAAUCCAAGUUGGAACGUUUGGGUAUCGAUGUGACAGCCGAUCACUUUUUCACCUCUGGUCAGGCUACCGCUUACUUUUUGAAAUCGCAAAUGCCCGAGGGCGGCACUGUCUAUGUGAUUGGUGAACCUGGUUUGGCAUAUGCUUUGUACGAUAUGGGCUUCUUUAUGAACGACCACAAUCCCGACUAUGUGGUGCUUGGUGAAUCGGCUUCGUAUAACUUUGAGAAACUGACCAAGGCCGUUCAAUUGGUGCAAAGUGGUGCGAAACUGAUUGCUACCAACUUGGACGUGGAGACCUUGGAUUCCGCUGGUCGCAAGAUUCCUGCUACCGGUGCAUUCAGUGCGGUGGUCGAACUGGUGACCAAGACCAAGGCUUUCUUCUGCGGCAAGCCUUCGGCUUUGAUCAUGCGUUACGCACAGCGUGUGUUGGGCUUAAGCCGUUUGGAAACAUGUAUUAUUGGCGACCGCAUGGACACAGACAUUGUUGCUGGUAUCAGCUCCGAAAUCGAUCCCGUAUUAGUGUUGUCGGGUGUGACUGAAAUGCCCGAUCUCGCUCAAUUCGCGUACCGCCCCUUUAUUAUCUUGGGCGGUGUCUACGAAAUCCCUAAUGAGGAUGAAAAGAACCUCGUCACCGACAGCGAACUCGAAGAAGCCAGUCGUCGUGCCUCCUUCCUUUAAACCACCCUUUUAACAUUAACCUGUCCCGUUCCCUUUUAUAUAUCAUUGCAAUGCUGAUAGUAAUAAUAAAAAAGUACAUGUUUCACAUAGAAUAAAAUACAAUUAUCG